AGCAUCUGUUUCAUCCAUGGUGUCUGUACAUAAGCAUCUAGUAGUGUUUUGAUCCUAGGAAAUCCGAAACCCUCGUUCUCAAAACCCUAGUUUCUUGAUCUUUAGGAGCAUGAACAAUGAGACGUGUGGUGAGGAUAUCCUGCACAUACGAAGAGGCCACCGAGUCAUCCAGCGAGGAAGAGGACCGUAGAUCGGAGCGAGCGCAUUGCCGCGGCAAGAAGCUCGCCACAGAGAUUGUCAUCGACCCUUUAGAUUCAUCGAGUAGCCAGGAAGCCUGCAAUGCCCGGACCAGCAUCAAGAUCAAGAUCCCCAAGGCGUUGUUGACCGUGGCAGCGGCAGUUGAGAGAAAGAAGUUUUGUGGCGUGAGGCAGAGGCCGUGGGGGAAAUGGGCGGCCGAGAUCAGGUGUGGCCGAUCUCAACAGAGAGGAAGGACCGAUCGCCGUUGGUUGGGAACUUUCGACACGACCGAGGAAGCUGCCCUCGCUUACGAUAUCGCUGCGGUCCAGAUGAUCGGGCCCCACGCCCCCACCAACUUUGGCUAUAUUUUGGGUCACAUUGUAACAAUUAGAGAAGGAUAUGUAUUGAAAUAGAAAUAACAAAAUAAAGGUAUUUUUAAUAUAAUGCCAA